AUGGCAUCAAGACUUGACAGAUUAGUCACUCUCCUAGAGACUGGCAGCACUCGUCUCAUCCGAGAAACUGCCGUCAACCAGCUUGCCGACUGGCAAAAGCAACACCCCGAUGAGCUCUUCAACAUCCUGUCACGGGUUGUCGGUUACCUCUCACACAAGGACUGGGAAACCCGUUCGACAGCGGCAAAGGCGAUUGGUAAGAUCAUAGAGCAUGCACCUCUUUAUGAUCCUAAUGAAGAUGACGGUCAGCUCAGCAACUUGGCUGAGAAGAAGGAGGAACAUCCUGAGAGGAAUGGUCAGAUAAAAAAGGAAGAGGGAGAUGAUGAUGUGUCAUUUGCAUCAGCGGAGUUUCUCAAGCUCGAGAACUUUCCCGUCAUCUCAAUUGUCAAAUAUGGUCAUGAGCUCCUCCGAGGCGGUCAAGUAGAUUUCAACUUAGCCGCUUUAGAGCCUCAUGAGCGUCUCACUUAUCUCAAGAAAACGCUGAAUGCUAGGCUCGGACUUCUAGGACGACGGGUCGAAGAUGGCGAGCUUCCCCCAAUUCCUCUCAAUGGGAAGGCCCAAACUCUAGCCGGCCAGCUGGCCAACCACCCGACUCUCAACCGAAGCGACAGCCUCAACAGCAACAGCAACAAUCAAGGAGGUGAGGAGGCCGGCCUAAGCUCGCGGCAGCUCAAUGUCCUAAAGAGAAAGCGCAAACGGGAGGCGCAAAAGGCUGCCCAAGGCAAAUCCGGGUUCGGCGAUCUGUCUAUUCGACGAUCGGGCACGACAGGGUCCGAAGGUUUCGGUGGAGACGAGACGCCCUCCGCAGAUCCGGAGUCGAAGAAGAACGGCAAACUUAACGAUUACUUCAGUCUUGAACGCCCGGCAGAUGUCGACGAGGACACCAAAGUCGUUACUGAAUUCAAAGGUCCCGCGGUGGAAAUCAAAACAGAGCUCCAGGCGGAUGGUGGUCUCGAAGGUGCUGAAUGGCCCUUCGAACGUCUUUCCGAGUUCCUCAAGAUGGACUUGUUCGAUCCCAAAUGGGAAACACGCCAUGGAGCUGCCCUGGCUCUUCGAGAGGUUGUGAGGGUUCAUGGUGGUGGCGCCGGCCGCUGUCGCGGAAAGCCCAGGGCCGAAAAUGACAAACUGAACAAGGUCUGGCUUGAUGAUCUGGCCUGUCGCCUAUGCGCCGUACUCAUGCUCGAUCGUUUCACCGAUUACAGUUCCGAUACUUCAGUCGCUCCCAUCCGAGAGAGCAUUGGUCAAACUCUUGGCGCAGCCCUACGCCACCUUCCUCCUAGCUCUGUGUAUGGCAUUUACAAUAUUCUGUAUCAGAUGGUCAUGCAAGAGGGGAGUCCAUUUGAGCGGUCCGCCUGGGCUGUCUGCCACGGCGGCAUGGUUGGACUCCGCUACGUUGUCGCUGUGAGGAAGGAUCUACUACUACAAGACGCCAAACUGGUUGACGGUGUUUGCAAUGCCGUUAUGAAAGGACUCGGCGACAUGGACGAUGAUGUCCGUUCCGUUAGCGCGGCCACCCUGAUUCCCAUGGCUAAGGAAGUUGUUAUGAUGCGUCCGGAUUCCCUUGACGCUCUAAUCAACAUCGUGUGGGAGAGUCUUUCUAACCUGGGCGAUGAUCUCUCAGCCAGCACUGGCAAGAUCAUGGAUCUUCUGGCCACUUUGUGCAGCUUCCCAGAAGUCCUCAACACCAUGAAGGCAUCGGCGGCCAUGGACGAAGAACGGUCCUUCACUCUUCUUGUGCCCCGCCUCUACCCUUUCCUCCGUCACACCAUCACAUCAGUUCGCCUUGCUGUGCUUAAGGCACUUAUGACCUUUGCCCACCUUGGGCAAGAUGCGUCCCAAGGAUGGCUCAAUGGCAGGAUUCUGAGGCUGAUAUUCCAGAAUAUCGUGGUUGAGAGAGACAAGGAUACCUUGAAUAUGUCCAUCGAACUGUGGCUCGCCCUGGUCCAAUGCCUGGGUCAGAAUCCCGGCAACUUGGCCGUCGAGGUCGGCCCACACGCCGAUGCCAUGAUGGAACUAGCGCUUUAUCCCAUUGGUAUCCACAGGCACCCCAUCCCCAUGAAUGCCUCCCUCUUCCAGAAGCCAUCAGGUGGAACAUACACCAUGCCGAGCGCUGCUGGCGCUGGUCCCCGGAGUUCUUCACCCGAACCACAGAGGGCCGCGAAACGAAGGAGGAAGUCAACAAAGGUUGAAGAGGCUCCAGUUCCGACCCACACUCACGAUGUCGACGGACAUAUGAUUCAAGGAGAGGUUGACUUGGUUGGCUUCGAGGUAUUGAUCCGCUCACGCGUCUCCGCCUCGCGCGCCAUGGGCUUCUUGAUGGCUUUGCUUCCCGCCCAGACCCUCUCACAAUAUGCACCCCCCCUUCUUCAAGGGCUGUCGUCACCCUACUCGUCAACACAAAUGACAGCAGCUAUUCUGAUCGAGGAAUUCGCGAAGAAUAUUCCUUCUCCCCAGAUCGCGGAGGGCUUCGUCGCCCCUCUUCGCGAGAUCAUCGAGGCUGAGCGCCCGACCCAUUAUCGUGACUUGACGAGCUAUAUCCAGCGGGCUCGGUCUCAAUGCCAGUCCCUCUUCUAUUUGUUCCGCGAUCACGGAAAGGUAUCCCAGAGCAAACUUCCUGUCCUUCCCGUUGUGGUUCAAGGCGAGCCCGAGGCUGGACCAGGUGCAUUCUCGAUAGCGACUGCGGAGAAGUGCGUCAGUGACGAUUUUGAGCGAUUAAAGAAGGCCGUGCCGCCGGGCCAGAAGCUGAUUGCGGGCAAGCAACUCGAAGAAACCCGAGAGUUGACACUGCAAACUAUUGAGGAAGCAAAGCUCGCCAAGGGCACGCGGGACGUGAGGAUCAAGGCCGCCGCCGCCGCCGCUUUGGUUGCCAUGCAGGUAUUCCCGAAGAAGCUUAGCACUUUGAUCAAAGCGAUUAUGGAUAGUGUCAAGACGGAGGAAAACCAGGAGCUUCAAAACCGCUCGUCCACGACUAUCGCUGGUCUUGUUCGAAUUUUCACCGAGAAGGGGCGCCGUGGCCCAGCCGAGAAGGUCCUCUCCAACCUGGUCAAAUUCUCUUGUGUCGAAGUCGCUGAGACACCCGAGUUCUCUCCCCACGCUACCAAGAAGAACGUCAUUCUUUCAAUGCAGAAGGAAGAGGACCGAGUCGACCAUGCCGAUGCGGCCAAGUUUGCACGAGAAGCCAAAGCGGCUCGCAUCACGCGUCGGGGUGCCAAGGAGGCCCUAGAAGUUUUGGCCCGUUCAUAUGGGCCGGAUCUUUUGACGCAUGUCCCUAGUCUCAAGGGCUUUAUGGAAAACUCGCUUGUCAAGGGCUUUUCCAGCCCUACCCUUCCAGCGGAGGUGCAUGAUCCGGAGAGUAUCUUUGGCCAGGACGUCAUCGACUCGCUAUCAAUUAUUCGAACGAUGGCGCCCACACUCGAUCCAGCCAUCCAUCCCUUCUUGAUGCAACUGGUCCCGUACGUGACCAAGGCGCUUCACUCGGAACUCUCGGUUUUCAGAUAUAUGGCGGCGAAGUGUAUGGCAACGCUUUGUAGUGUCCUCACUGUCGAGUGCAUGACCGUCCUAGUCGAAAAUGUUCUACCAUCUAUCAACAAUCCACUCGACCUGCACUACCGGCAAGGCGCUAUUGAGGUGAUAUACCACCUAAUCGCGGUUAUGGGCGAUGCAAUUCUUCCCUACGUCAUUUUCCUCAUCGUCCCCGUUCUAGGUCGCAUGAGCGAUUCGGAUAACGAUAUCCGCCUCAUCGCCACAACGUCGUUCGCCACGUUGGUCAAGCUUGUACCGCUUGAAGCAGGCAUCCCCGACCCCCCCGGCCUUUCGCAGGAGCUUCUCAAGGGCAGAGAACGUGAGCGCACGUUCAUUGGCCAACUCUUGGACCCGAAGAAGAUCGAGCCCUUCAAGAUUCCCGUCGCAAUCAAAGCUGAGCUUCGUUCGUAUCAGCAAGAAGGUGUCAACUGGCUGCAUUUCCUCAACAAGUAUCAUCUGCAUGGUAUUCUUUGCGAUGAUAUGGGUCUGGGCAAGACGCUUCAGACACUUUGCAUCGUCGCCAGCGACCAUCAUCAGCGCGCCGAGGAAUUUGCAAAGACGGGAGCCCCCGACGUUCGACGGCUUCCCUCUCUCAUUGUCUGCCCUCCGACGUUGUCAGGACACUGGCAGCAAGAAAUUAAAGCCUAUGCUCCCUUCCUUACCGUUUCGGCCUACGUGGGACCUCCCUCAGAACGACGGCUUCUCAAAGACAAGCUCGACCAGCCUGACAUUGUUAUUACUUCUUAUGAUGUCUGCCGAAACGAUGUGGAGAUCCUAGACAAGUACAAUUGGAACUAUAUCGUGCUUGAUGAGGGACAUUUGAUCAAGAACUCGAAAGCGAAAACAUCGAUAGCUGUCAAGAAGCUUGCCAGCAAUCAUAGACUUAUCCUUACCGGUACACCCAUCCAAAACAACGUGGUAGAGCUCUGGUCGCUGUUCGACUUUUUGAUGCCGGGGUUCCUCGGAUCGGAAAAGGUGUUCCAGGAUCGAUUUGCCAAGCCCAUCGCCAAUAGUCGUUUCAGCAAGGCGUCAUCUAAGGAGCAGGAAGCUGGUGCACUGGCCAUCGAGGCACUGCAUAAGCAGGUUCUCCCGUUCCUACUCCGCCGGCUUAAGGAGGAGGUACUCAACGAUCUCCCGCCCAAGAUUCUGCAAAACUACUACUGCGAUCUGAGCGACCUACAGAAGAAACUCUUCGAGGAUUUCACCAAGAAGCAAGGCAGGAAAUUGCAGGCGGAGGCGGGCAGAGACGACAAGGAAGCCAAGCAGCACAUCUUCCAAGCCCUCCAAUACAUGCGGAAGCUGUGCAACUCGCCCGCUCUAGUCAUGCGACCCGAACACGCACACUAUGCCGAGACGCAACGAAUCUUGGCAAAGCAAGGCACAAGCCUUGAAGACCCGGUUCACGCGCCGAAGCUCACGGCACUCAAGGAUCUUCUCGUCGAUUGCGGUAUCGGUGUCGAGGGGGACAACAAUGAUCCACUCUACCAGCCCAUCAAGCCUCACCGUGCCCUUAUUUUCUGUCAAAUGAAGGAGAUGUUGGAUAUGGUCCAGAACACAGUCCUCAAGAAGCUGCUUCCGUCGGUGUCCUUCCUCCGAAUGGAUGGUUCAGUCGAGGCCAACAAACGACAGGAUAUUGUCAAUAAAUUCAAUAGCGAUCCUUCAUACGAUGUCCUCCUGCUUACGACAAGCGUGGGAGGUCUCGGACUUAACCUGACUGGUGCUGACACGGUCAUCUUUGUCGAGCACGACUGGAACCCGCAAAAAGAUCUCCAGGCCAUGGACCGAGCCCACCGUAUCGGGCAGAAGAAGGUGGUCAACGUUUACCGUCUCAUCACUCGCGGCACUCUGGAGGAGAAGAUUCUCAACCUCCAACGGUUCAAGAUUGACGUGGCGUCGACGGUCGUCAACCAGCAAAAUGCGGGUCUCUCGACGAUGGACACGGACCAGAUCUUGGAUCUCUUCAAUAUUGGAGACGAAGGGUUAAUUGCGCCUGAUAAGCAGCAAGGUGCAGCGAGCAUUGAGGGCCGUGAGGAGGACGUCAUAGAUGUUGAGACGGGAGAAGUGCGGGUAACGGGCAAGAAGGGUUGGCUGGAAGGGCUCGGAGAGCUCUGGGACAACCAGCAGUAUGAGGAAAGCUUUGACCUAGAUGGUUUCCUCAAGACUAUGCAGUGA